GAGAGCCUUCCUCACUACCUCUUCACACAUUUCCAGACACAUCUCAAUAGAGAGUGAAAGAGUCCAGCAAUGUUCUUGCGCUCCGUUCUCCUGUGUGGCCUGCACGCCCUUGCCCUGGCAGGUCUGCUUACCGAGCCUUCAACUGACUCCAAGGUGAAGCUUGAGCGCGGCUCCUGUCCGUUCUUCUGGUAUGACUCUGGCACCGACUGCUACAAAUAUGUUUCCGGCCAAAUGACCUGGGCCGAUGCUGAGCUCAACUGCCAAUCUUUGGACGCAAACCUGGUCUCUAUCCAUAGCGCCAGCGAAAUGAUCUUCAUUACCGCGCUGAUAGAGGGCUAUGACCCAACCAAAGGGCGCCACUGGAUAGGAUUCAGUGAUUUGCAAAAAGAAGGCUCCUGGAUGUGGAGCGACGGGUCCCCAAGAGACUUUGCUGCUUGGUUCCCGAACCAGCCAAACAACGAGGCUGGAGUGCAACAUUGUGGCGAGAUAGCAUUUUGGAAGCUGGAAGCUGAUUGGAAUGAUGCGCAGUGCAGAACGGUUGCUUCUUCUGUUUGUAAACUUCGUAAAACCUGUCCAUAGGGUCUAAUACUGUUUAUUUGAACCAUAACAAUAAAAAUAUGACUAAUCAAAAGAAUAUCUUUUCAUGCUGGAUUUACUGAGAUUGCUUUACAAACAAGAGGUGGAUGAAACUGAAUGUUUUCAGUUUUCAUUAAUUGUUUAUAAUAAUGUUACACAAUUUAUUUUGAACAUUAUUAAAGGUUCUAUGGUAUAAAAAAUU